AUGGAGACCCAACCAGACCAAAGCAACGAGUUGGAGGACCGGCUACGCAGAAUGAUCCUACUCAAUGGAUCGAUCCCGGAUGGUCCAUCUGGGCCGAAUCGUAGCCCAGUCAAUCACAUACAGAAUGGGCAGUUUCCACAGAACCCAACUUGGCACAUGAGCAGUCCAGCAUCGCCUGCAUCUCCGCAUAACCAAGGGUUUCCACCGGUCAUGAGAUAUCAAAACAGUCAAGACCAUCACAUUCGUCAAGAUCCGCGGCAGCAUCAAGGCCAUCCGCAUCGCCAAGACUCCUCACAGCAGCAGCGUCCUCAAAAGGGUCAGGUCCCUCUGCAACAUCAGAAUGACCAAAUCUCCUAUUCUUCACAGUUUCAGCCUCCUCACAUCAGACUGCAGCACCGCCAGCAGCUUUCCUCAAAUGGGAAUCACUCGGUUGCACAUGAUCCACCCGGUCAACAAGUUCGUGGACCGCUCCCACAUAGGCAAAGUCCCAACGGCGCACCACAGGGAAAUGGCAAUGUCCCUCGCCAGCAGCAGCAACACCGCCAGCAGAUACCGCUAGACCCAGCAGCAUUUCGCAAGACUUCUGGGCACCCAGGCCAAGGGGCACGUGGCCUAUUUGAUCCCAAUGCGCGUGGCCCUCGCCAAAGUUUCCAGCAGUCCAACGUUCGUGAAAGACAAGCACAAUACCUUGAAAACCUAGCAAGUGUGGAGAUCCCCAAAGUCGACAUGACUCAGGAUGAGAGGAGAGCGAAAGAGGAUUUUCGACUCGCCCUCGAGAAGGUGUGUUACGAAGUAUGUGCAGCCGACUCUACUCUACCAAAGGUGUCGCUCGAGUGCUUCGGCAGCUUCCAAUCUGGCUUUGCGAGUGCCAACUCUGACAUGGAUUUGGUGAUUGUCGUGCAGAACAAGACCGCGCCGUCGACACUAUUCAGUCUACUCGAGGAGGAUCUCCCGCGAGCACUGGAGAAGAAAUUUCUGCAAGAAGGAUUUGGUGCACGCCUGUUGACGCGAACCAGAGUACCUAUCAUCAAGGUCUGUCAGGCACCGCCACCAAGUCUGCUCGGAAAGCUUCGCGAAGAGCGCGAGAAGUGGGAUAUGCUGCCGGAAGAGACGAAGUAUCCCCACUUGCAUCAGGAUCCAGCAAUCGAGGAUGAAGCUGCGCCCGCGCCUGUCGUCAAGAACCAAGAGACCGAGAUGUCAAGMUCCGCUCAGCCCACCAACACUAUCACUGCCGAGAUCGCUACAGUUAAGGCUGGCGAUUCAUCCCAUCAAAUCGGCACCACAGACAACAAACAGUCGGCCGACAAAGGUGUCUCAAAUACGCAGGCAAAUCUCCAAUCCAAGCGCGAUCAGUCCAAGACUUGGACGCGCGAGCGUAAACCCGGACCGCUCGACUUUCCAAGUGAAGGUGUUGGCAUUCAAUGCGACAUCAACUUCUUCAAUCCACUGGGUCUUCACAAUACGCAGUUGCUUCGAUGCUACUCGCUUUGUGACCCACGUGUCCGUCCCAUGGUUCUGUUUGUGAAAUCGUGGGUGAAGCAACGCAAGAUCAACAGCUCGUACUCUGGCACACUCUCCUCAUAUGGGUUUGUUCUAAUGGUCCUGCACUACCUCAUGAAUGUCGCACAGCCGCCAGUGCUGCCAAAUUUGCAGAUGGAAUGGCGUCCGCAUGGCUGCACUCCUGCAGGUGCGACCGCAACAGAAGUCGAUGGGCACAAGGUUGACUUUUGGCGCAAUGAGAACGAAAUUCUCUCAGCAGUCCGCAAACGCCAGAUGAGCUCCAACACAGAUUCUCUUGGUGCCUUGUUAGCUGGUUUCUUCCAGUACUACUCAUCCAUGGGCCAAGGACCGCAGUUCCGUUGGACUCAACAGGUUCUCUCGCUCCGCACAAACCGGGGUAUCAUAUCGAAAGACGCCAAGGGAUGGGUCAAGGCAGUGACCGAGGAAGGUGAAAGCAAGAAGAUUCAGCAUCGCUACCUUUUCUGCAUUGAAGAUCCUUUCGAGCUCACCCACAAUGUCGCGAGAACUGUCACCCAUAACGGUAUCGUGGCUAUUCGAGAUGAAUUCCGUCGUGCCUACAGAAUUCUACAAACCGUUGGGAACGGAUACCCCUCCAACGAAGGGGGUCUUUUCGAUCAGCUCAUCGAAGCAGAGCCUCUGGUCAACGAAACACAAGCCAGCCGCGACUCGACAGAUACGGGUACAGCUGGGGAUAAUCGUCCCAUGGGAGCUGCACCGCAACACCACAAAGAAGGACACAGCCCCUYGCCGAAGCCUGCCACUCUGCAAGCACAGGCUGUCUCCCAGAAGCAGGUCAGAUCUCCUACCCAGCAGACGCUUCCUAUCUUGAGUGGCAAGGCUGGCGGGCAGACGWCGCACAAACCCAAUGGAGCGACCGAUUCGCCGCGCUCGAUGACACCCAUGAAGAGCAAUAGCACCAGCCCAUUGAACGUUGGCGAUCAGGACGCAUUCCCAACACUGGGAUCAGCCAGCGGCUCUCGCCGUAAGAAGAGCGCAGGCGGCAACUUUGCUGCAAUUUCGGGUAAUGCAGCACAGGCUUACCUUGAUGACUUUCGCCGUAAGAAGGCUGAAGCUCAGGCCGAGAGCACGGCUAUGGGUGCAGCGGAGAGCGUGCUCUCAGAUGAUUGA